AUGGAGCGAACCACCUUAGAGAUCAACUUGAUCUCCGCCCAACGCCUCAAGAGCGUCAAUCUGAUCUCCAAGAUGGACGUGUACGCCGUCGUUUCUAUCUCCGGCGACCCCUCCAAUCAGCCCGCCAGGACCCCUGUCGCCGGAGGCGACAGCCCCACCUGGAACUUCCCGAUCAGGUUCGCCGUCGACGGGGCGGCGGCGGAGCAGGAUGAUCGCGUCAGCCUCGUCGUCAAGCUGCGGUGCGAGCGCGCCUUGCUCGGCGACAGGGACGUCGGCGAGGUCGUCGUCCCAAUCAAGGAGCUCUUGACCGGCGGAGGAGGAAAGGGUGGUAUGAAGUUCGUCAGCUACCAGAUCCGCCGGCCUUCGGGGAAGCCCGGCGGCGAAUUGAACUUCUCGUACAAAUUGGGGGAGAAUUCGGGUCCCGCCGCCGCGGCGAAAUUGGAGGGUAAUAAGUCCGAUGAGCCGGUCACCGCUUAUCCCGCUGUGGCGAUGGGGACGAGUACCAGCUUCGGCGGUGGGUACCCGCCGGUGGAUUCGGGCUACGCGGCCUAUCCUCCUCCGCCGCCGCCGCAGCAGUAUGUCGGUUACCCUUCGGUGGCUCCAGCGGGUUACGGGUACUACCCGCCGCCGCCUCCGGGUGGGUACGGGUACCCGCCGGGUCAGCAAGCUGGGUACGGGUAUCCGCCGGGUCAGCCAGCCGGGUACGGGUAUCCGCCGGGUCAGCCAGCCGGGUACGGGUACCCGCCGCCGGUGGUUGUGCAACCGCAGCAGCAGCAGCAACAGAAGAAGAAGAACAAGUUUGGGAUGGGAUUAGGGGCGGGAUUGCUGGGAGGAGCGAUUGGUGGGCUUUUGAUCGGAGAUAUGGUGUCCGACGUCGGGGCCUAUGAUGCCGGGUACGAUUCCGGGUUCGCCGAUGCCGGAGGAUUCGACUUCUAG